CAGGCAUCAAUCCUCUUCCUCUUCAUUGGUUCUCUCGUCUCUACUUCUACUGGAACAGAGGAAAAAACAAAAAAAAAAAAAAAAAGGAAAAAAUGGAGCUCAGUUGCAGAGCAAUCCUUUACUGCUGCUACUUCGCUUGUCUACUAUUAUUCAUCUCAUCGCCAAAAGCAACAGCCGAGGAAGACCCAUCAUCGGUUGUGUCGAGAUUCCAGCAGUACCUUCAAAUCAACACCGCCCAGCCUAGCCCCCACUACACUCAAGCAGCUGAUUUCAUCCUCUCCCAAGCCCAAUCUCUUUCCCUCGAGACCCAGACCCUGGAGUUCGUCCAGGGCAAGCCUCUCAUCCUCCUCAAGUGGCCGGGCUCUAAUCCAGACCUCCCCUCUAUCCUUCUCAACUCCCACACGGACGUCGUCCCGGUCGAGCAAGAGAAGUGGUCCCACCAUCCCUUCGGGGCCCACCUCGAUCGGCUGGGAAAUAUCUACGCCAGAGGGUCUCAGGACAUGAAGUGCGUUGGCAUGCAGUACCUCGAGGCCAUUCGCAAGUUGAAGGCUUCUGGGUUCAAGCCUCUUCGCUCCGUUUACCUGUCCUUUGUUCCGGACGAGGAGAUUGGUGGCCAUGAUGGUGCCGAGAAGUUUGCGGAUUCCGAUGUUUUCAAGAAUUUGAACGUGGGCAUCGUAGUCGACGAAGGGUUGGCUUCGCCCAAUGAGAACUACAGGACGUUUUAUGCGGAAAGAUGCCCAUGGUGGCUGGUGAUUAAGGCUACUGGGCAACCAGGCCACGGGGCAAAGUUGUAUGACAACACUGCCAUGGAGAAUCUGUUGAAAAGCAUUGAGAGUGUGAGGAGGUUCCGGGCUUCGCAGUUUGAUUUGGUGAAGGCAGGUUUGAGGGCAGAGGGCGAAGUGGUAUCAGUUAACAUGGUAUUUUUGAAGGCGGGAACGCCAUCUCCAACCGGUUUUGUCAUGAAUUUACAGCCAUCUGAAGCAGAAGCAGGUUUUGAUGUUCGAGUGCCACCAACUGCUGAUCCAGAAUCUUUGGAGAGACGGAUUACUGAAGAAUGGGCACCUGCUUCACGCAAUAUGACAUUCCAGUUUAAGCAGAAGGUUUCUGUGCAUGAUAAUUUUGGGAAGCCAGUCCUCACAGCAACAGACAGUUCUAACCCUUGGUGGGCCCUACUUGAAGAAGCUGUCAGAAAAGCUGGUGGAAAACUUGGUCGGCCAGAAAUAUUUCCUGCCUCAACAGAUGCUCGCUACUUCCGGCAACAAGGCUUGCCAGCAAUUGGCUUCUCACCUAUGGCAAACACUCCUAUUCUUCUCCAUGAUCAUAAUGAGUUUCUAAACCAAGAUGAGUACUUGAAAGGAAUUGAUAUCUAUGUGUCAAUAAUCAAAGCUUAUGCAUCUUAUGUUGAGCGCACAAGAGAGGAAGGCUCCAGAGAUGAGUUGUAAGGGAGCAGGGGGAUAAUCCCAAUCUCAAGACAAACAUGCCUGAUAUCAGUUUUUGCCUCUUGUAUAAUGGGAGUUGAGUUCUCCCAGACUCCCAAUGUUUAUCAAUAAGAACGGGAGCGGGGUGUUUGACUAUCAUCUAUGCUCAAAAAGACUGAUCAAUAACAUUGCUUGCUGUCACUGAAUGGUUUGAUAAAUGGAUCUAGUUUUGGUGUAAAA